UCGAUAAUUUCUCCGUAGCUUUUUCCCUCGUGGGCCCCGCGGAAAAUAUGGGACUGGCUCCUAGCAAGUGAUGACGUGGCAAGGAAGAGAGGAACAUGCUCCGAGCAGGUUCUCCUUAAUCCCUCCGAGUCUCUCCCGGCAGGAAUUGCUGAGAAAGGGGCCGCCGGUAAUAUGUUGGCGGGUGGCUCUCGCGUCUCCCACCACCUCAGAGAAUGCGACCGCCGCCACCUGGGGCUCGGUCUCGGCCUCGGCCUAGGGUUUUACAGCUCCAGAAUCCUCCACCUCUCCUCCCUCAUCUCCAAGCGUCCCUCCUCCACCGCCCCUCGGCUGCGCAGCCGGAUGAGCUCCAACCUCCAGCCACAGGGGCCUCACCGCGGCGAAGGGGCUCCCACUCUCUCCGACUGUUUCGGCCAAAGAGAAGACACUUGUGAGGUUCCUUCUGAAGGGAUGUCCUCAGUUGCAGGAGGUAUAGUGGCACUUGGCAAAUUUGAUGCACUCCACAUUGGUCAUCGAGAACUCGUGAUUCAAGCAUCAAAGGCUGGGGCUCCAUUUCUUCUAUCAUUUGUUGGAAUGGCAGAAGUACUUGGUUGGGAACCACGGACCCUGAUAGUCGCCAAAUGUGAUCGUCCGAGAGUGCUGUCUUCAUGGGCCCAAUACUGUGGUAAUGCCACUCCAGUCGAGUUUGAAAUUGAAUUUUCAAGUGUUCGAUCUCUCAGCCCCAGGCAGUUUGUUGAGAAACUAGCAAAAGAGCUUGGGGUGAAGGGAGUUGUGGCAGGUGAAAAUUACCGAUUCGGAUACAGAGCUGCUGGUGGUGCAUCAGAAUUGGUGAGGUUGUGUGGAGAAUAUGGUAUGGAUGCUUACAUAAUAAACUCAGUCAUGGACAAAAACCAAGAUUUGAGACACUACUCCAACGAUUUGAAGGAGAGAGGACAAGUGUCAUCCACUCGUGUUCGGUAUGCCCUUGCUUUAGGAGAUGUAAAGUACGUCUCAGAGCUUUUGGGUCGCCCCCAUCGUCUAAUAUUAAAGUCGAAGGAGCACAACCGGUUUACAAUUAGUAGCAGUUGUAGAAUAUCAGCUUCCAAAUCAUGUUUGUUAAAUUUAGCUCCGAGAGAUGGUGCAUAUGAUGAUUGUUUCGUUGUUAUAGGCCACGGAAACUCAAUACCCUGUAGAGUAGUGAUAGACGCCACAGAAAUCCAAGUGGAAAUGAAGGAGGCAGGUUUUCUUAACUUCAACAGUUGUAAUGUCUUGGAGCUCUUGCAUAUAGAAUUUGGCAGUUCAUGAAUCUAAUAAUCAUAUGCUUAAUAUAUACUUUUCCUCUAUUAGA